GGAGGCGGGUUUUGCUUUCCUUCCCCCCCUAAAUGGAGAGAGAGGCUUUUUUUCUAUUGAAUCAAGGCUCACAGAGUUACAGGGCCUGGUGCACAGAAUGGUCCAAGCGAGUGAUCGGUACGGGUAAACUUCCGAGUCUCUGGAAGAAGGUGAACGCUUUCAAGUUCCCCUCUCCGGUCUCUUUUAAAACGCGCAGUUCGCCGUGAAUGUAGAAGAUCGCCAGGAUCCCCCAGAUCGCGAAAUGUGGGAAUGGAAGGCGCAAACUUUGACUCGCCAUCGCUACGAGGAGUAUGAAGUUUGCCAGACAGAAUCUACUUUGCUGAGGAUUAAAGUGACCGUUUGGUGGGAACUAAGACGGUGUGUAAAGAUACUAGCUCAGUCCCAUCCGCAACAUGGCCUCGGCUGUUAACACUGCGGAGCGCCGAAGGACAGAGCAGGACCAUGUUCAGCAAAACAGGAGGAGGAGAAACCUGCGGCAUCCGACAGCGGUUUUAGAUUAUCUGGAACGGCCGAGCUAUUGCGAUGCUGCCUUUGCGUUGGAUCAGAUCUCAAAGGGAAAGGCUACUGGAAGGAAAGCACCGCUGUGGCUUCGAGCUAAGUUUCAAAAACUGUUAUUUAAACUGGGCUGUUACAUUCAAAAGAACUGCGGAAAGUUCCUCGUUGUGGGCCUGCUGAUAUUCGGGGCUUUUGCAGUGGGAUUAAGGGCUGCUGAUCUGGAAACCGAUGUCGAGGAGCUGUGGGUAGAAGUUGGUGGAAGAGUGAGUCAAGAAUUAUCAUACACACGACAGAAGAUAGGGGAGGAAGCCAUGUUCAAUCCUCAGAUCAUGAUUCAGACAUCUCCUGAGGAAGGUGCUAGUGUUCUAACGGUUGAAGCGCUGCAACAGCAUCUUAACUCUGCAUUUAAUGCCAGCAGAGUACAAGUUUAUUUGUACAACAAACAGUGGACCUUGGACAACUUAUGUUAUAAAUCAGGAGCACUUGUGACAGAAACUGGUUGGAUGGAUCAGCUUAUUGAAAAAUUGUAUCCUUGUGUAAUAAUCACACCUUUGGAUUGUUUCUGGGAAGGUGCUAAGUUACAGCUGGGAACAGUCUAUCUGCCAGGUAAACUGCAGUUGCAAUGGACAAAUCUUGAUCCUUUAGAAUUUCUGGAGGAGUUAAAGAAUCUGAAGUAUGAAGUGGGUGGUUGGGAGGAGAUGCUGAACAAGGCUGAAGUUGGACGUGGUUACAUGGAUCGUCCAUGCCUGAACCCUGCAGAUCCAGAUUGUCCACUUACUGCCCCGAAUAAAAACUCAACGACACCAUUAGAUAUUGCCCGGGUAUUAAGUGGUGGUUGCCACGGCUUGUCCAGAAAGUACAUGCAUUGGCAAGAGGAGCUAAUAUUAGGGGGUACCACAAAAAACAGCAGUGGAAUACUAUACAGUGCCCAGGCUUUUCAGACUAUGUUUCAGUUAAUGACCCCCAAGCAGAUGUAUGAGCACUUCAAGGAUUAUUACUACGUUUCGGAUAUCAACUGGAACCUGGACAAAGCUGCAGCGAUUCUAGAGGCCUGGCAAAGGAAAUAUGUUGAGGUUGUCCAUCAAAGUGUUUUACAGAAUUCGACCCAGAAGGUUCUUUCAUUCUCUACUACAACCCUUGAGGACAUCCUCAAGUCAUUUUCGAGUGUCAGUGUUAUACGAGUGGCUGGUGGCUAUCUUCUUAUGCUUGCCUAUGCCUGUUUAACCAUGCUACGGUGGGACUCCGCCAAGUCCCAGGGUGCUGUCGGGCUGGCAGGCGUCUUGUUGGUUGCACUGUCAGUGGCUGCAGGAUUGGGCCUGUGCUCUUUGAUUGGAAUUUCCUUUAAUGCUGCAACAACUCAGGUUUUGCCUUUUCUUGCCCUUGGUGUGGGAGUGGAUGAUAUCUUCCUUUUGGCACAUGCAUUCAGUGAAACGGGACAUAAUAAAAAGAUUCCAUUUGAGGACCGAACAGGAGAAUGUCUAAAGAGAACUGGAGCAAGUGUGGCCCUUACCUCCAUUAGCAAUGUGACUGCCUUUUUCAUGGCUGCUUUAAUACCUAUCCCUGCCUUAAGAGCAUUCUCCUUACAAGCUGCUGUUGUUGUGGUAUUUAACUUUGCCAUGGUUCUGCUCAUCUUCCCUGCUAUUCUCAGCAUGGACCUCUACCGCAGGGAAGACAGGAGACUCGACAUCCUCUGCUGUUUUACAAGUCCUUGUGCCAACCGAGUGAUUCAGAUAGAGUCACAAGCAUGUAGAGGUACCAAUGACAACCAUCCUUGCCAACCACCACCAUACAUCAAUCAGAAUUUUACCCAUGAGACUCAGAUUACCAUGCAAUCUACUGUCCAGUUACGCACGGAGUACAAUCCUCACACCCAAGCUUAUUAUACAACUGCUGAGCCUCGAUCUGAAAUAUCAGUUCAACCAGUCACCACAACUACACAGGAUUCACUUAGCUCUCAGAGCCCAGAGACUGCUAGCUCAACACGGGAUCUUCUCUCCCAGUUUACAGACCCCAAUAUUAACUGUGUAGAUCCACCCUGCACUAAAUGGACUCUCUCUUCUUUUGCUAAGAAGCAUUACGCACCAUUGUUGCUAAAGCGGACAACAAAGAUUGUGGUCACAAUGCUUUUUUUGGGUUUACUUGGGAUCAGUCUGUAUGGAACCACAACAGUCAGAGAUGGGCUGGAUCUUACUGACAUUGUACCGCGUGAAACUCGAGAAUAUGACUUCAUCGCAGCACAGUUUAAGUACUUCUCUUUCUAUAAUAUGUACAUCGUAACUAAACAAAAAAUAGACUAUCCCAAUGCUCAACACCUGCUGUAUUAUCUCCACAAAAGCUUCAGAAAUGUGAAAUUUAUUUUAUUGGAAGAUAAUGAAGAGCUUCCAAACAUGUGGCUGCACUAUUUUCAUGACUGGCUUAAAGGUCUGCAAGACACUUUUGACAGGGAAUGGCAAGCUGGGAAGAUUACUCACAACAGUUAUAAAAAUGGUUCUGAUGAUGGUGUUCUGGCAUACAAGUUGCUAAUUCAGACUGGCAACAGGCAUAGGCCAACUGACUUAAGUCAGUUGACUAAACAACGCCUAGUGAGUGCUGACAGAAUCAUCAACCCAAAUGCUUUUUACAUCUACCUGACUGCCUGGGUCAGUAAUGACCCUGUGGCGUAUGCUGCCUCUCAAGCCAACAUCCGGCCACACCCUCCAGAAUGGGUUCAUGACAAGACAGAUGACAGGCCAGAAACUGCACUCAGAAUUCCAGCUGCUGAGCCUAUUGAAUACGCCCAGUUUCCUUUCUACCUCAACGGACUGCAUGAGACUUCAGACUUUGUGGAAGCUAUUGAAAAAGUCAGAAAUAUCUGCAGUAACUUUACUAACCAAGGACUUGCCAGUUAUCCAAAUGGAUACCCAUUCCUCUUUUGGGAACAAUAUGUUGGGCUCCGACAUUGGCUGCUGCUGGCCAUCAGCGUGGUCUUGGCUUGCACUUUUCUGGCGUGUGCGCUUUUCCUUCUGAACCCAUGGACGGCUGGGAUCAUUGUAUUAAUCCUAGCACUGAUGACCGUGGAACUUUUUGGAAUGAUGGGCCUUAUUGGGAUAAAGCUGAGCGCAGUUCCUGUAGUAAUCCUCAUUGCCUCUGUUGGAAUAGGGGUGGAAUUCACUGUUCAUGUUGCUCUGGCAUUUUUAACAGCCAUUGGAGAUAAGAAUCGAAGGGCAGUUCUUGCUCUGGAGCACAUGUUUGCACCUGUACUAGAUGGAGCUGUAUCAACUCUUCUUGGAGUUCUCAUGCUUGCUGGGUCUGAAUUUGACUUCAUUGUCAGGUACUUCUUUGCAGUCCUGGCUAUUUUAACUGUUCUGGGUGUUCUCAAUGGAUUAGUGUUACUUCCAGUCCUUCUUUCUUGCUUUGGACCAUAUCCUGAGGUUUCACCUCUAGAUGGGAGAACCAGGUUGCCUACUCCAUCAUUGGAGCCACCACUUCGAGUUGUGAGGUUCGCCCUUCACCCUGAGCAAGGAAAUAAUGGCUCUGACACUUCAGAUUCUGAAUACAGCUCACAGACUACAGUUUCCGGAAUCAGCGAAGAGCUUCAGCAUUAUGGAUCCAACCCCAGCUCAACUUCACCAGCCCACCAAAUCAUGGUGGAAGCAACUGAGAAUCCUGUCUUCCCCAGAUCUACAGUUAUUCAGUCGGAUUGCAGAUUACAUCAACCAAGAUCACAGCCACCUCCUCAACAGGAUGUUAAACAUCAACAAUCCUGGCGGAAUUGUAGAGAUCACAGUUUGGAGGCGAGAGAAGGGUUUCGACCGCCUCCUUACAAACCACGCAUGGAUGCUUUUGAAACUACUCGUGAAGGGCAUUUCAAACUUGGUAAUCGGAAUCAUCCAACUCAUAGAUCCUGUUCUCAUAAGACUAGAAAUCCCACAUUCACUGCCACUGGUGCUACAGCACCUACAUACUGCCAGCCUAUCACUACUGUGACCGCCACAGCCUCAGUUACUGUGGCUGUGCAUCCUCCCAUAUCCAACCACAAAGUAUUUGGAGGAUACCCACAUCGCGAAGGGUACAGUGGAACUGAUGAUGGAGCAUUUGUUGAUCCUCAUGUGCCUUUUAAUGCACAUUAUGAAAGAACGAACUCGAAGGUUGAAGUUUUAGAGUUGCAGGACGUUGAUUGUGAAACACCACGAAAUGGGAACAAAACACAUUAGGUACGUUUCCUAAGAAAUUCAGUGAGAGAUGCUUUACUGUCUAAAAUACUAUGAAUCAUUCACACCCCUGUCAAAUUCCUUCAGUUACAUAGAAGAGGAAAAAUUUAGCCAUAUUUUAAAGGGCAGAAAAUUACAUCCUGAUCUAACUCCAUUACAUUUGUUUUAAUUAGUUGUAGAUUGACUUAAAAAGAUGACAAAUAUGGAAAUUUUAAUUGAUGCAUUUUUGUAAUAUGGAAAUAACCACCUUGUCCUUACACAAAUGUUGUUCUCUAAAAUAUGAGGACAGUUAUUGAAACCUUCCUCAACAUCCAUUCCUAAUGGUAUGGUAUUGAAUUUGACCCUUUCCAAUAUGGAAUUUAUGAUGCACAGAUGGCCAAAGAUUGGAAAACUCUUCAUUUGCAUUGUCUGAUCCUUGAAGCUCUAAGGCUAUUAAACCCAAUAACUGAACUGGGAAAACAGUUAACGGCAACUGUUAAUCUGUUGUAAUAUUUGUUAAAUAUUUCUUCUUUAAAAUAUUUAAAGGAUGUACACAUGUAUUAUACAAAUGUACAAUGUAAAGUAGUAUAAUUUUGGGAGUUGAAAACCUCCUGUAAUGGAUUGGGAACAAUAUUGUAUGAUCUAUAUGUUAUGUACAUUGAUCUGUGUAUCUGUGCCACAUUUACGCUCAAUCUAGUCAUAAAUGUCAGCAUUUGUUGCUGCUGCUUAAGGUAUUGUAUAAUUUACUUGUAUAAUUAUUCUAUGCAAAUAUUGCUCGUGAUAGUUCUUUUUGUAAAGAUACACAUCUUGUUAAAAUAUUUUAAAUUUGCAUAUCACAACCCUGUGGUAGUAUAAAAUGUUACUGUUAACUUUCAAGCACGCUAUGCGUGGUUCUUAAAAUUUAUCAGAUAUGAAGAAAAGCACGUUAAUCUUUAUUGCCUUGUUAGCAUUAGUUGACUCUUUCGGUGUAUUAUACAGGUCUGUAAUGUUUUAAUUUAACCCUUAGUGUGUAUAUUUAUUGAUACCCUCCAGGUUCUUUGAAUGAUAAACUGUAUUGGAAUUUCUAACUGUCAGACUAACAGAGGCAGUUUUUUUAUAUUUUUCUUUAUUUAUUUUCAACUUAAAUAGAAUGCAUUUUUGAAAAUGACCCACCAUUAAGCUUAGACACUGUUCUCCUUAGUAUAGAUUUUAAUAUUUGUAAAGAUAUGCAUUCAGCAUUGAAAGCUUAUGAUAGGGAGGCAUUAAUUCAAUCCAACUUUAUGUGUAAAUUUUUAGGGGGAGAAAACUGUCUCUUAAUUCUGAUUUUAUGUUAAUAUUAAACUCACCUACUACUGCUAGUACACACAUUUGGCAUCAGUAAAAUCAAAUCAAGUGGACAUGCAAGUUAUGAAUCUUUCAAAGAAGCCUUAAGUAUGUACCUUUAAAGAAAAGCAUAGUUACUGAUAUAAUGUAGGAAGUCUGUAGCUCAGAAGUACUUCAUUGGCUAUAAGACAGUUUAGGGCAUUCUGAGAAAAUGGAAGUUACGUGUAAGUUCUUUCUUUCCAUUCAGUAUUCAAAAACCCAAAUUACUUUUGUAAUAGAACCACAUUGUUCUGUUAAUGACUGUCCAGAGGCCUUACCUAGCUUUUGCUUUUGUUUUGGUAGUGAAUGCGUUCAUCAUUAAUGGGAUGAAAUUGCUAUUGGUGAUACUUGCAACAAACCGACAUUCACAUGAAAUCCAUCUGUGCAUUAUCUUAAUGAAGUUGUUAACUUACUCAAAAAAAAAUGUUAUCAUAUACAUUAAGGUGACACACGUAGGAUCUCCAUGCAAAUACAAGAAGAUGAAAAUGGCAAAUGUUCAUGUAAUUUUUAAAUGUUUCUUCACAUGUUCACUAUUGAAGGAUUUCGGUCUAUUUUUGGCUUUUGACCAGUGAUGUCAAAUGGGUGAUCCAGAUCUGCUGCCCAGUUCACACCUCUCCUAGAAAGGAGGGUCAGGAGAGGAGUACAACAAAUGAUUGAUCCAAGAUCAUCUAUUUCACACUACUGCCAAAAGCAAUCUUAUGAAUUAUUUCGUUACUUUGUCACAUUUGUUUUGCUAUUGAAGUUACAGAUGAUGCCAAAUUGUGUCACGUAGCAUUUAGAUUGAAAUAUAUUUUAUUUUAAUCUUUAAAAUAAGCUACUGCCGUUAGCACACUAAGGGUUAACCCUAAUUGUGAACAUUCUUUUACAUAACAAAAGUUGACUUAUUGGUAUAGAAAUGUAUGUGACAUUCACCAAGAGUUCACCGUGACACUUGUGGUGGACUGACCUUAGAUCAUCCAGGAUCCACAACAAAAACUGUAUGGUGUACAUUGAAAAUAACUUCAGCUGUCCUGGUGUAUAUUAGGUUGUGUUAACAGUUUAGAGUGGCUUCCCACUGCUACUGCCUGAGCGUCUGUCAUUUCUCAUUAGUGUUUUCUCCCUCUUGUUUACCAGCACAGAUUCUAUCAAAUGCAUAUUUAGAUAUGCGUACCUUCUCCCCUCCCCUACUGUCUGCUGCUUCUGCACAAUGUAGACAUUUUCUCCUAUAGUCACAUUGGCAAAGGGAGAACUUCUCAGUGGCUGGCAACUAUUGUUUUUAAGAAAAAAUGUAUUUUUUUGUGAUAUUUAUAUUUUUGUAUCAUAAGAAUGUUUUCUUACAGUAUUUGUCGUAUGCCAGUUUAUAACAAAAAAUGCAGGGAUUUUUUUUCUUCUGUUACAUUGUUUUAUUUUGUAAUGGAUUUUAAUCUGUAUAAAGUGCUUACUAAUGUUAAUAACUAAAUAGGAAAGAUAUAUAACAGCUGCAUUAAGAAUUCGUAGAUUUUAGUAUGAGGAUGCAAAAGUAAAAAUAUUCAAACUGGGUCUCAUCACCUGCCUAUUUUGGUAGAGAUGGGUUUGUGUCAUUUCAGUUACAAAGAUAAAUGUACGCCAUAUAAUUUAUUUAUAUGAAAAUUUAUUUUUGUAGUGUAUAUAGUAGUCAUCAAGUCUUUUGACAGAAGUAUAUUUUUAAAGAGUUUAUAUGUAAUGAUACCAUUAUGUUGGAUCAUAAUUGAGACAGUUACAGUGCACACUUUCAUUGUAACGUACACAUGGAGAAGAUGUUUUACAGUGUUAAAAUGAAAGCAACUAUUCUAAAUAUUACAAAAUUUGUUUCCAAUUUCCAUGCAAUACGUGCCUUUUGUGUUUUAUCAUUUGCAUCAUGGGACAUGGAAAUUGUGGCAAGCUGUCUAAAUAUUAAUGUUCAAACACUGAUAGAAUUUCUA